CGGCUUCCAGCCGUCCGAACACACCUCAAGGAGCGCCCGAGUCCCGCAACAUUUGCGACUUACGGAAUCCAAAACUUCUCGAUUUUUCCGCCGCGGGUUCGCAAAGGAGCAAAGACCCACUCAGACGUUGGAGAAAGAUUUCUGACUGCGUUGUUGGUGGACUUUUGGACUUUCACUCUUUCUCUUCUGGUUCUUUUGGGAACACUGUUGAGAGUGAGAGAGAGAGAGAGAGAGACACAGAGGCAGACGACGAGUCGGUGCGCGCUCUCCGCUGACACUGACAUUUGUUCAUUCUCGAGAAGCUGUGUUUCUAGAAAGAAGCAGCUGGUAAGCUCACUUUAUUCGCUUUUCCGACUUUAUGUCUACAAAGAUGGAACAGCCCUUUUACCAUGACGACUCCUUUCUGUCGGCUUACGGCCAAUCGGACGCGGGCCUGCACGACUACAAACUGCUAAAGCAGAAUAUGAAUUUGAACUUGACAGAGCCCUACCGCAGCCUGAAAUCCCAGCUGAGGGCCGAGAUAGACCCGUACCACGGGGGUCACCAAGACGUCGGGUCGCUAAGGCUCGCGUCCCCGGAGCUGGAGAGGCUCAUCAUCCAAAACAGCAACGGCGUGAUCACUACCCCCACCCCGGGCCAGUACUUCUACAACCGGGGCAUCACCGAUGAGCAAGAGGGCUUCGCGGACGGCUUCGUCAAAGCCCUGGACGAGCUGCACAAGAUGAACCAGAUGCCCCCUCCCAACGUGUCCAUCGGUGCCGGUGGAGCUGCGACGUGUUCGGCGGCGGCCCCUAGCGUCUUCGGCUCAGCCCUGCAGCCGGAGCCUCCCAUCUACACCACACUGAACGCCUACUGCCCGAACACGAGCAUCUCCUCCGCCUCCAGCUACCCAACGGCCACCAUCAGCUACCUGCCGCCGCACCAGCAGAAUCACCCCCAGAGCGCGACGCACGGCACGCACCCGUUCCAGCACGCGCUGCAGGGCUCCGGCCUCCAUUCGCACCGGAUCCUCAAUCUGAAAGAGGAGCCCCAGACCGUCCCCGACCUGCUGAGCAGCGACGGCUCGCCCCCGAUGUCUCCGAUCGACCUGGAGAGCCAGGAAAAGAUCAAGGCGGAGCGAAAGAGGCUGAGGAACCGGUUGGCGGCGACCAAAUGCCGGCGGCGCAAGCUGGAGCGCAUCGCCCGGCUGGAGGAUAAGGUGAAAGGUCUGAAGAACGACAACGUGGGGCUCUCCAACACGGCGUCGGUGCUUCGGGAUCAGGUGGCGCAGCUCAAGCAGAAGGUCCUGACGCACGUGAGCAGCGGCUGUCAGCUGAUGCUCACCAGCAAGUUGGAGGCGUUUUAAAAAAUAAAUUAAAAAAAAACGACAGAGACUACUAACUGACUGAGAAGUGAUAACACUGGAGUCGCGCUCUGCACGCGGAGCACCGGGAACACCGGGGCCGGUGUGAUGUCAGCGUGGACAGCAGCAGCAGCAGCACAGGACCACCGGGCCGUGCGCAGACAACUCUUUAGGCUAUUUAGGGUGAAAAGACUGAGUCACAAAUGGUACUUCCGGAUGCUGGACAUCAAAGCACCAUUGAACCCCUGACACCGGGGCCGCAUCCAGACCGAGCGGGCAGUGAGCCGGGCCGCGCGCACACAAUGAUUAUUGUAUUUCUUUGUACUUUUUGCAACUGAUAAUUUCAUGCAAUGCUGCAUUAUUUCAAUGUGUAAAUUAUUUGUUGUUUGUCCGGUUGACCCGGGCAACCCAAUGACGUCCAAUGUUUACACUGUCUUUCAUUUUUUAUUUGUGAUGUGUAUUUAAGUAAAGUGUCUCCAAAUGAAACUGAA